AUCUUCGAUGUCUUUAAUCAUUGGCUUACUACGAAUAGUAGAUCGAGGGUGUUGCAUCUUCUAUGUCUCUAAUCAUUGGUUUACUACGAAAGAAUGGAUUAUCUAUAAAUUAUCUAGUUUUUAAAAUUUUGUUCAUAAAAAAAAGAAGGUGAAUAAAAAAGUAUUUUUUUUCUCGAGUUUUAACGAAUUUACUUCUUCUUAGAAAAAGAAAUGGAGAACCCCUCCGGAGUUACUGUGUUCUCAGUUCCUGUGCAAUGGAAGCUUAGUACUACUGCAGUGGCUGUCGGACUUGCUCUCCGAAGUCACGGAGGUUUGGGCUUGAACCCUAAAGCCACCAUUCUUAAACCCCUUAGUGUUCUAUGUUCAUUCCUUUGAAUCCUCUCUUAAAUGCUUGUUUUCGAUCUCCGUCGUCGAAAAUUUUGGCUCAAAAUUCUCUCUUUUCCCCCGCUCCCUCCCUCCCUUCUCGAUUGCAGAGAAGGGCUGGCUCAAUUUCUUGCCCGAGACCCUAAAUGAUACUGAGGGCGAGAGGGUUGUGCCGCCUGACCCCCCACCGAGCGUUCGAGUCCCCACGAGCCUUCAGCAUACAGUCGCCUGACAGCUCCAGGCUCCAGCUUUGCCCUGAGAUCGUGGAGUCUACCGUCUCCUCGUGCCCGUCGGAUACGAUCGCAUUGAGCUUCUUCCUCUGGUGCGCCCGCCAGCCGAAUUACUUCCACGAUUCAUGUUCUUUUGACCGAAUGAUCCCUGUGGUCUUACGGCUCACCGACCGAUUUGGGUCUGUUAGGGAGAUUGUCAGGGAACAGCAGGCUGUUGGGUGCUCCGUAAAGGCGCAAACUUUCAUGGUUUUGAUCAGAGUUUAUUGGCGAGGGAACUUCUAUGGACGUGCAUUAGAGGCGUUUGAUGAAAUGAUUAAGCAAAAUUACGUUCCCAACACCUACGCCAGGAACAUGGUCCUUGAUAUCUUAUUCAAGGUGCAUUAUUUUGACAUGGCAUUGAAGUUCUUCAGGGACACCAGGUUUCCAAACUUCAUUAGUUACAAUAUAGUGCUAUCCAAUCUUUGCAAGUCAAGUGAUUGGCUGGGAGCCAGAGAUGUUAUAAGAGAGAUGGUAAAGAAGGGAUUCCACCUUAACACUGGCAGUUUUUCUGUGGUCUUGGACUGUUUUUGCAAGGCUGGGAGGCUCAUGGAAUUGCUACAGUUACUAGCGCUCAUGAUUGUAUCCGGUAAACAGCUAACGGUAGCAAUCUGGACGAUUUUGAUUGAGAGUCUCUGUCAAGCUGGUCAAGUGGAUAGAGCAAGUACAUUGUUGGGAAAGAUGGUAGAGCAUGGGUGUUCACCUACCGUGAUGACGUACACUUCUCUAAUUAGAGGUCUCUUUCAAGCUCAGAAGUUUAAUGAGGUCUCCAUGCUCUUAGAAACCAUGAUAUCUAAUAAGUGCAGUCCUGAUCUGGUUUUUUAUAAUGUCCUGAUCGAUUGCUUUUCAAAAGCGAGAAGGUUUGAUGAUGCAAUUGAUGUUUUCCUUUGUCUAGGGGACGGUAGAUUACAUCCUGACGCUUAUUCUAUGUCUUCUUUAAUAUGCACACUAUGUUCAUCCGGGAAAUUGAGAUUGCUUCCUAAAUUAAUAGCAGGAUCGGAUGUUACUGCUGAUCUGGUUGCCUGUAACUCAUUAAUAAAUGCUCUCUGCAAGGCCGGUUUUCCAUUUGAAGCAGUAGAGGCUUUCGUCAAUAUGGUCAAUAGGGGUUUUUCUCCAGACGAUUAUAGUUAUGCUGGGUUGUUAAAUGGAUUAUGCAUGUCUGGAAGUAUUGAGAAUGCAGUCAAUGUUUAUAAUGCCAUUGUUGUGAAUAAUCCCAAUGUUGAUGCAUAUGUGCAUACAGUCAUCCUCAAUGGGCUUGUAAAAAGAAGAAAAUAUCAUAUGGCAAUUAGACUCUUCAGGAAAGCUGCCCUUCAAAAUUACUGCCUUGAUGUUGUGUCCUAUACAAUUGCUAUUAAUGGGCUUUUUAGAGGUCAUAGGUUUGACGAGGCUUGGCAUUUGUUUGAACAGAUGAAGCAUUUUGAUAUUGUUCCCAAUCUUUACACAUACAAUGUGAUGCUUUCUGGCUCUUGUUUGGCUAGAAACAUGGGUGCGGUUAAGCAAUUGCUAAAAGAAAUGGAGAUUGCUGGAGUUGACAUGGACCAUACCUCAUUCAAUGUCAUAAUUUGUCUUCUGAUUAAGUUGCAUCGUUAUAAUUCAGCACUCCUUUUAUGUAGGAGAAUGUGUGAUCUGGGAAUGGUACCUAAUAGGAUCACUUGCUCGUUACUUUUGGAUGGUCUUGUUAAUAUCUCUGUUGAAGAAUUAUAUGAUCUUUACCCAAAACUGGCAUAUGACUUUAAGAAUCCUUAUUUUAUGGACAAUUCCCCAUCUGAUUUGCAGAGUGACCUUCUUGUAUGCUCUGCAAAUUAGAUCAUUUUUUGGAUGUUCAGCGGGAAAACAUGAACACAGGCAUUACCAUAAGUGCGUGGGUGAAGCAACUUGGACUUCUGAAUAGAGUCAUGAGAAAAUGGAUAAAGUUGCUACUGCUAUGACUUAUGAGCUUGGUACUCCAUUAGCUUCUGAAGUGCCCUCUGAUGCUUCAUUGCUCAAGAAACUUGUUGGCAUCACUCUGGGUACUAUAGAUGUCGUCUGUAAUUGUCCUACGUAAGGACAGAAAGCAUGUGCAGAAAGGAAGCUUUUUAUGAUUACUUAAUUUUUUUGGAGGAAUGGCACAGAUCUCAUGUACAGUGGCAGAGAAUUAGAUGUAAAGCAAGCAUGAAAUAUACAACAGAUUAUGGGGAUUUAGUAUGAGCACAAUGUAUUCUUCACUGGUGCAUGGCGUUGGCAUCACUUCUACUUAAAACUCAUUAUAAUUGCUAGAUCAGUGGUGGGUGCUUGACAACUUCACUGAACAGUGUCCUUUCGGACAGGGUGCUGACAACUGAGUCUUGAAAAGAGAAAUGGAGUCCGGUUAUGAUCCUGGGUCUUCUCUGCAACUGAAUUACAGAAAUGUUGAUCACUUCUUUCACCAUUUAUGGUUAGACUUUAAUACCAUAUGAAUCAACUUUUUUCAUGAUCAGAGGGUGAGUCCGAGUCCCCACCAAAGAAAUUGCUCCAUCAGAACAGCAGCAGCAGCAUUUGAGCUCUUUAUUUGCUCAUCUGGAAGGUGUUGCUGCAGAAUCCUUUAGGAAAAAGAAAACUACUGGCAUGCUGUGAAGCCCACGGAUCGGCUUGCUGUAUGAUUGUGAUAGCAUGUAACAAAAUAGCACAUUAUGAAAUACAUGUACAUAUACAUUGUUAUCAUUAGUACAAAAGCUAUAGGCUACAUGAAAAUGGAGACCUGUAAAAGGCAUUUUUGGAGGAA